AGAGUUCACUCGUUUCCUGGUUACGUGCGCGCGAGCAGAAACGAAAACCUUCGCCCGCGACUCCCGCUUCUCCACAGGGACCGAAGGGCUGGGCACGCCAGUGUGAGACGUGUCAAACUCAGCGCGCCUCAUGGCCGCCGCUGGCGCCCCACCGCCCGGCGCCCUCGGCGGCGCACGCGCACUGGGGCUCCGCGGGGGGGAACUUCGGGCCCCGCCCCGAGGUGGGCCGGCCUGGUGCCUCCCGGCUGGCCAAUCGGCUGGCGAACCGCGCCUCUCCCCACAGCGGGCUUCGCGGGGGCACGUGCCAGUGUUUGUGUACGUGCUGCUCCCGCAGGGCGGGGAAAGGCCCGGCCGCGCAGGGGUGAGGGGGCUGGGGCACGGCGGCGAGGGGCGGCGUCCUGGCCCCGACACCAAAUCCUCCCGCGCUCGGGCAGGCUGUGCACUCCUACCUGCUCGUCCGCAGCGUCUGCCCCGCCGCUCUGCACUCCCACGGCCUCGUGUCCUCUGCUGCAAGCGGAAGAUGCUGUUGCUUGAUUGCAACCCCGAGGUGAGACGCGGGGCCCUUCCGUCCUGCGGCCUUACCUUUCCGGGUGUCUGUCUGCUCGAGCAGAGCACGAGCGAGGGGGACCACUGCCCACUGAGCGCUGCCGAGUCAAGUCUCUUCAGAGUGGACAGUCUGAAGCACCUGCUGGAGGCCGGGGCCUCGGUCAACGCGCCCCCGGAUCCCUGCGAGCAGUCGCCUGUCCAUUUGGCCGCAGGUGGCGGCCUGGCUUGCUUGCUUCUGUGGCAGCUGCAAACCGGAGCUGACCUCAACCAACAGGAUGUUUUUGGAGAGGCUCCACUACACAAGGCAGCGAAAGUGGGAAGUCUGGAGUGCCUCAGCCUGCUUGUAGCCAGGGAUGCCCGAAUUGAUUUAUGUAAUAAGAAUGGACAAACAGCUGAAGAUCUUGCUUGGGCCUGUGGAUUUCUAGAAUGUGCCAGGUUUCUUACAACAAUUAAAUGUAUGCAGACAAUAAAAUCAAGUGACCAAUCCGAUAGAGAUCAUUGUGUUCCAGUGCUCAGACAGAAACGAAGUUUUGGAAGUGUAGAAAAUACAACUGGAAAAAGGAAGUGUUGAUUCAUGUUGGUUCUGAGAAGGUUUGAAGAAAGCCUUCACUCUGUGCACAUCUACUGCUCAGCUACAAGCUAUGGCUUUUGGCUCACCAGGUGUAUCUCAGCUCCUUCUAAGAAGGAGGAAAACUUUCUUCUAAGUGAAGAUAACAUUUAAGAAUACGUGUGUUUACAUGCCUGUAAUAUUUUGGUUGUGCAUGCUUUGUCUUUUAUUAAAGAAUGUC